GCCCAGCCUGGGAUCCCUUCACGCAGGGUGGCCGGGAAGGGGUGACUUUGCCAGGUUGCAGCUGGAGCUGGGGGCGGGGGGCGGCGCCGUUCGCAGGCUUCCAUCCCUCCCCUCGGCGGUGGACUCGGCUGCAAAACCGGGGGUCCCUAUUUCCCGGACCGUUUCCCACGUAGGCAGCGGCUAGAAGACCUCUCCGGACUGCAUUUCCGGCGCCCGGCCUCAUGGCAGACAAGAAACUGGUGGUCGUGUUUGGAGCCACAGGUGCCCAGGGGGGCUCAGUGGCCCGGACACUCCUGGAAGAUGGGACAUUCAGGGUCCGAGUGGUGACCCGGGACCCUGGGCAGAGGGCAGCGAAGGAGCUGAGGCUGCAAGGUGCAGAAGUAGUGCAGGGAGACCAGGAUGAUGAGGCCAGCAUGGAGCUGGCCCUGAUCGGGGCUCACGCCACCUUCAUCGUGACCAACUACUGGGAGAACUGCAGCCAGGAGCAGGAGGUCAAGCAGGGAAAGCUGCUGGCCGAUCUGGCCAAGCGCCUGGGACUGCACUACGUGGUCUACAGUGGCCUGGAGAACAUCAAGAAGCUGACAGCAGGGAGACUGGCAGCGGGACACUUUGACGGCAAAGGGGAGGUAGAGGAAUAUUUCCGGGACAUUGGUGUCCCCAUGACCAGCGUGCGGCUGCCCUGCUAUUUCGAGAACCUCCUCUCCUUCUUCCUGCCCCAGAAAGCCCCAGAUGGAAAGAGCUACUUGCUGAGCUUGCCCAUGGGUGACGUGCCCAUGGACGGCAUGUCUGUGUCCGACCUGGGCCCCGUGGUGCUCAGCCUGCUGAAGAUGCCCGAAGACUACAUCGGCCGGAACAUCGGGCUCAGCACCUGCAGGCACACGGUGGAGGAGUACGCCACCUUGCUCUCCAGGCACACCAGGAAGACCGUGCGAGAUGCCAAGAUAAGCCCCGAGGACUACGAGAAGCUUGGCUUCCCCGGCGCCCAGGACCUGGCCAACAUGUUCCGUUUCUAUGCCCUGAAACCCAACCGCAACAUCGAACUGAGCCUGAGGCUCAACCCCAAGGCCAGGACGCUGGACCAGUGGCUGGAGCAGCACAAAGGGGACUUCGCAGGACUGUGACCCUGCCCACCUCUCAGCCCCAUCUGGGGGGACAGGAGGUGCAGUCACAGUGAUCCUUUCUCGUGUUACAAGAAAGUUUAUUUUUUAAAUAAAGGCCAUUGUUCUCACA